UAGCUCUUACGGUUUUAGAAUCUGAGCCUCCACCAGUCUGUGUUGGGCCAGGGACCAGGGCAGGGUCUCCGGGGGCCUGUUGCCCAACAGCUGUUCCCUGGGUUAUUUUGGUUCAGUGGGAGCUUAUCAAUUCCAGCGUAUUUGGAUCAAGAGAGCCAACAGCAAGAGAAUCUCCGGGUGGUUCUGUGGGGACCUCUCCAACAUUUCUGAAAUGAGCUGGGGUGGGGGAAAGAGUUUGCUUGGGGAGUAGUUUCCCCAGGAGGGAAAUCUCCUGCCAGUAUCAUACCUAUCACCUUCUCCAAUUUUACGCGGGGUCCAGAGAGGCGGAGGCACUGGAACUGAGGCCACACCCCUGGGGAGCCAGGUCUCUGACCCCAGGCCACAGUGCCUCUCCGCUGGGCCUCGGGCAGACCAGCAAGCCAGGUCGGAUCGUGCCAAGGGGGAUUCCGGUUCCCGACAAGCUCCGGCCAGCAUGGAAAGCGCUGACUGGCCCUGGCUUCCUUUUGGGCCACAGCGAGGGGGGGAGGGGGGGUGGGGCAGGCAGCUGCCCGCCUCACUGACCCCGAGUACCUCCCUGAGAUGGGUCGAGUGCGGGUGGGCGGAGUGAGGCGGGAAAAUGAGCCACUCUGGAGCCCCGCCCAACCCUAGGUCAGCAGCUCCUGGCUUGGCCCCCCAGAGCCCGCGGGGACUGCCCCCGGGCGCAGAGCCAGAGGGACCCAGGCCGCGUUCCCUUUGGCAACCGGGCUGGCGCCCGGGGAGCGCGCUUAGGCACCAGGCGGGCGCACGCCCCCCACACGCCCUCUGGAAAUCGCCGGGGUGGGGGGCGCUCCGUAACCGAACUUAGUCGUCGAGCGCGCUCCUGGCAAGUCCCAGCGACAGGUCUUAUCGCCGGGUCUCAGAAAACAAGCGGCCCCGGGCGGGGCCGCUUCGGCGAAGUCCCCUCGGCAACCUCUAUCGCUCCCGCCUCUCCCUGGGAUUUUCCAGCGGGUUAAUUUCCUGUCCGGGUAAGUCCUUCGCGAGUCCUCGCCCCUCCCUCCCCGACUCUCCCCGGUGCGUCCCCGCCGCCCCGGACUCCCCCAGUCCGUCCGCGUCGCGCUCGGUCGCCCCCGCGCGCCCGGGCGCACGCCCUCCCCGCCCCGGCCGCCCUCCAGCUCCCAGCGCCCGGCCGCCCGGGGCCCCCGCGCACCGCCCCGCGCCAGGAGGGCUCGCCCCGAGAGCCGCGUCCGCGUAGCCGCGGCUCGCCCGGGUCCCCCCCCCCCCCCCCCCGGCCAUGCGCCCCCGCGCCGUCCCCCGCGCCCCCUCCGGCGCCCCCGCCGCCGCCGCGCUCGGCGUCCGCAGCCUCCUCCUGCUGCUACUGCUCCGGCCCGGGCACGCGUGCCCCGCGGGCUGCGCCUGCACCGACCCGCACACCGUGGACUGCCGCGACCGCGGGCUGCCCAGCGUGCCCGACCCUUUCCCCCUGGACGUGCGCAAGCUGCUGGUGGCCGGCAACCGCAUCCAGCACAUCCCCGAGGACUUCUUCAUUUUCUAUGGCGACCUGGUCUACCUGGACUUCAGGAACAACUCGCUGCGCUCGCUGGAGGAGGGCACGUUCAGCGGCUCGGCCAAGCUGGCCUUCCUCGACCUCAGCUACAACAACCUGACCCAGCUGGGCGCCGGCGCCUUCCGCUCGGCCGGGAGGCUGGUCAAGCUGAGCCUGGCCAACAACAACCUGACGGGCGUGCACGAGGCCGCCUUCGAGACGCUGGAGUCGCUGCAGGUGCUGGAGCUCAACGACAACAACCUGCGCAGCCUCAACGUGGCCACCCUGGCGGCGCUGCCCGCGCUGCGCACCCUGCGUCUGGACGGCAACCCCUGGCUCUGCGACUGCGACUUCGCCCACCUCUUCUCCUGGAUCCAGGAGAACGCGUCCAAGCUGCCCAAAGGCCGUGAGGAAAUCCAGUGCUCUCUGCCCCUGGGGAACAGGAGGAUAUUCCUGCACGAGCUGUCCGAGGCCAGCUUCAGCGAGUGUAGGUUCAGCCUGUCGCUCACGGACCUGUUCAUCAUCAUCUUCUCGGGCGUGGCGGUGUCCAUCGCUGCCAUCAUCUCCAGCUUCUUCCUGGCCACCGUGGUGCAGUGCUUCCAGAGAUGUGCCCCCAACAAGGACACCGAAGACGAGGAGGACGAGGAUGAGGACAACUGAGACGCCCCCUCCCUUC